AGGGGAGAGACAGCUAGGCAUUCUUCAUAGACCACUUGCAUACAGUCAUUGGUGCGGGUACUCAUGCAAGGGCUUGGACAUUUAUGUCAGACCAACAAAAGGGUUUGGACAAAGUCAUAGCUGAAAUGGUACCAGAGGCAACUCACAGAACCUGUGCUAGACAUCUCUUCAAUAACUUCAAGAAGAAGCACCCAGGUUUGCUCCUUAAAAAGUACUUUUGGCAGGCUGCUAGGGCAUACAAUGAGUUAGAAUUUGGUUAUGCCAUGGAAUCUAUAAAGAGUAUUUCAGUUGAGGCUCAUAAAUGGCUUUCAGAAGUGUCUACUGUCUGGUCUAUGCAUGCAUUCAAAGAGGCUGUAAAAAAUGACCACAUUACAAACAACUUAGCUGAGUCAUUUAACCAUUGGGUUGGUCCCUUGAGGUUUAAACCAGUUUUAACCAUGUUAGAGGGAAUUCGUACAAAGUUAAUGACUAGGCUGCAAAAAAGGUAUGAGAAAGGACUGCAUUGGACUGGGACAGUAGGACCCCAUGUUAGGAAAAGGUUGCAGAAAGCGCAAGUGAAGGGGAGAAACUCUACUACACUUUUGUCUGCUGGUGGUGAUGAGUAUGAUGUAUUAGAGGAUGGGGUUUCCCAUCAUUUGCACUUGAAUGCACAUACAUGCACAUGUAGGGAGCAGCAAAUCUUUGGAAUACCAUGUAGGCAUGCGGCUACAGCCUUAACCCAUAAGAGAGCUAACCUGGAAGAUUAUUGUGACAUGUACUUCCACAAAGAUUAUUACCUCAAAGCACAUGGAGGUAUAAUUCAUCCAGUUCCAGAUCAAACUAGGUGGAUUAAUGCAGGUGGUGAUAUUGUGGAACCUCCACCUUUAAGGAGAUUGCCCGAUAGGCCAAGAAAGAGUAGGAGAAAGGCUGUUGAUGAGCCAGAGGCAGGCACAAGUCAGUCUAAAAGGUCACAGACAGUCAAGUGUUCAAUUUGUCUAGAGUUUGGUCAUAAUAAAAGGUCUUGCCAAAGAGCUCCAGUGAGAAGAAGGAUUGGUUCCAGGAUUGAAGCCACACCAACUGCAACUGAGGUGAUGGAUUAUAUUUCGUAUGUUCAUUUGGUUUCACUUUCAAAAAUUAUGUUAUUUAAUUGCAUCAUUCAUGUCUUUGUGAACCAACACCCAAUCCACCACAGGGAUUGUCACAAGCUGAAGGGUGUACUCCUGUUUCCUCUGUGGGAGUUUUUCAGAGGGGCAGAGGCAGAGGCAGAGGAAGAGGAGUGGUCUUGAGCAGGGGAAGAGGAAGAGCUACGGUACUUGGUAGAGGAAGGGGAAGAUCAAGGGGCAGGGGCAACAACAACAAUUGCAACUGAAGUGAAGCUAAGGUGGUUUUGGUCAUGAAGUCCUCUUUUGUCUACUUCUAUAUAUCAGCUGUGGUUAUAUAUGAGUGCUCACACCUUUUGUCUUUUGUUGGGUGAGCACUAAGUAAAUGUUAAAGGUCACACCUUUUGUUUCUUCUUGGGUGACCAGCUGUAAUGCUCACACCUUUUGUUUUUUGUUGGGUGAGUUGCUAUUAGCCUAUUAGAUUAGUCAUGUUCUGCUUUUUCAUGUUAUCUUGCACUAUGUUGAAAUUGGUCAUGUAGUUAAAAGGGCAAGCACUAGGCCUUUUGUAGCUUGCUCAUUUAGCUCUUUUGUAUGUGUCCAAUGAGACUUUUGUCUGGCAUAUGUCAUAUGUGGCACAAUGAUCAAUGGAAGAGUUAGU